AAUAAUUAAUCAGACCAAUUUAAUAGGUUUAUCCCCACAUUUUAGUUUAAUUUAUUUGUAUUAUAAAUGAUUUCUCCACUAUAAAACAACCACAACCCUAUCUAUUCUCAGUACCAAACUUGGUUCUUGAACUGAUUACUCAGCACAAAGAAAGCAAAAAAAAAAAAGUUUCAAUCUUUUGUGAGAAAAUGGCAGAAAACAAGGAAGAAGAUGUUAAGCUUGGAGCUAACAAGUUUAGGGAAACUCAACCAUUAGGUACAUCAGCUCAAACAGACAAAGAUUACAAAGAGCCACCACCAGCUCCAUUGUUUGAACCAGGGGAGUUGUCAUCAUGGUCCUUUUACAGGGCUGGUAUUGCAGAGUUCAUGGCAACUUUCUUGUUCUUGUAUAUCACAAUCUUGACUGUUAUGGGUCUUAAGAGAUCUGAUAGUUUAUGUUCUUCAGUGGGUAUUCAAGGGGUUGCUUGGGCUUUUGGUGGUAUGAUCUUUGCUUUGGUCUACUGUACUGCUGGUAUCUCAGGAGGACACAUCAACCCAGCUGUGACCUUGGGUCUUUUCUUGGCAAGGAAAUUGUCUUUGACCAGGUCUAUUUUCUACAUAGUGAUGCAGUGCCUUGGUGCAAUCUGUGGUGCUGGUGUUGUGAAGGGCUUCAUGGUAGGACCAUACCAAAGACUUGGUGGUGGUGCUAAUGUUGUUAACCCUGGAUACACCAAAGGAUCAGGCCUUGGUGCUGAGAUUAUUGGCACCUUUGUCCUUGUUUACACUGUUUUCUCAGCCACUGAUGCCAAAAGAAAUGCCAGAGACUCACAUGUUCCUAUUUUGGCACCACUUCCCAUUGGAUUCGCGGUGUUCUUGGUUCAUUUGGCCACCAUCCCCAUCACCGGAACUGGCAUCAACCCCGCCAGGAGUCUAGGAGCUGCUAUCAUCUUCAACGACAAGCACGCAUGGAAUGACCACGUAAGAAAAACAUCUUUCAUUCUUUCAAACUAACUCGAACACCACGAUUACUUAAACCAAAA